CAUUUCUAACAGAGGGCUUUUGCAAAAAAAAAGUGGUUCCACUGCAGCAGCCUCUGCUUUUGCAGACCCCACUCUUAUAGGUGCUCCAGGUUCGUAUCUUCUCCUGGGAUACCGAACUACACAAAGUAUCACAACACUAAUUUCUUCCCUCCCCAUACCUAUUACAAGAAAUGCCUGGAUUGAGUCAAAACCAAAUGAAAACCAGUGUGAGUUUCAGUGUCUUUAUCUCUCUGGACCUUUCAGUGGGAUUAUGCAACAGGCCUCGUUGGAAAUCCCUGCUACUUUCACCUCCUGUACAUUCUUCCCUGAGACUGUUCUUCCUUUCAUUGUUUCUCACCAGCAAGUGAGAGCGUUGCUGUUUUGUGGCCUCUGGUUUCCAUGUCAGAACAGCCUCCUGGUCAGCCCCAGCUGAUGUUCAGGCUCUCUGGUCAAUUAAUCUCUUUAGGGACUUCCUCUCUGGAAAGGUACUUUACUCUCAGCCGUAUCUUGGGGGAUUUCAGUCUAAUUAGGAGAUAAUCAGGAUUUUACAGCCUUUCAUUAUUAUCCCUAGGAAUUUCAUUCCAGUGAUAAAAAAAAAUGCAGGAGAUACCAAGAAAGACAUCCCACUCAAAGCAGAGUUUGUAGUGGUGCAAGAUGUAAUAUAUCAGCAUCAAACAGUUUGAAACAGGCUGGGAAUGGAGUGCGUGGAUGUCAGCAGGGAGACAUUUUACCAAAACAAAGCAUCCAUGGGACCGUUGUCUAAUCAAUGACUUUUAAGUGCAGGAUUGGUGCUGUUAGAUUGGAAACAGGUGCUAGAAGAUGCCAAGUGAAGUGCUUGAGACCAGCAGCGGGAUGGAGGAGACGGUGCAGAAAGACAGCAAGUCUGGAGGCCAGAGCCCUCGGUCUGGCACAAUGAGAAGGGCUGUGGCAACCACUGUCACCUUUGAUGGGGAAGCCACUAUGGACCGGAGGAAAAAGAAGAAAAAAGAGUCCCGUCCCGAGUCAAUAAUAGUGUAUCGGUCAGAGAGUGACAAUAAGGUGGAAGAAGAACAGGUGGAUGAAGAAGGAGGGGAGAGGAGCUCCGAGGAAGGCUCCAAGUUCCUGGGUCAGUCUAUGGCAGAUGGUGUCUGGAACAUGCCUUUAGACAGCCGAUAUGUCACCCUGACUGGAACAAUCACCAGGGGAAAGAAGAAGGGUCAGAUGGUGGACAUCCAUGUCACGCUGACAGACAAAGAGCUGCAGGAACUGGCUAAGUCAAAGGAACCUCCUAAAGAGGACGUACCUGAGAAGAAGAAAUGUGAUGUUGGGUUGGACAGAGGACCCCACGUUGUCCUCUGGACCAUCAUCUGCCUCCCCAUCGUUUUUGUAGUGUCCUUCGUGGUUUCAUUCUACUACGGAACCAUUACAUGGUACAACAUCUUCUUGGUGUACAAUGAAGAGAGGACCUUCUGGCACAAAAUCACCUUUUGUCCCUUUUUGAUUAUCUUCUAUCCAAUUAUAAUUAUGAUUGUUUCUUUUUCCCUAGGCCUGUAUUCAGCUGUGGCCCAGGUAGCAUGGUCCUUUGGGUACUGGUGGCGUGCUGUCAGGGAUAUGGAGAAGGGCUUCUGUGGCUGGCUCUGCAGCAAGCUGGGCUUGGAAGAUUGUUCUCCCUACAGCAUUGUUGAGCUGCUAGAUUCUGACAAUAUCUCAGGUAGUCUCUCUGGCAAGAGCUCUGCGCAGGGUGUUGAGACCUCAGCAGUUUGAGCCUUUGUCCUGGAUGACUAUGUUGGUCAUAUGAGAGCGGUUUUCACCUAAAAAAUAACACACUGAUUUUUUUUUUCCAAAUAUAUAUAUAUUUAAACACAAACAAUGAAUAAAAUAUUGGGCUGGAAGUGCUCUUUAAAUGUCACAGAAUGCAGGAAUGCUAGCUUUGCUUGCUCUGGGUGGGGAGGUGCAUGGCUCUCCAAGGAUUUGUCAUCUGUUUUAUCUAAUUACAGCUUCUGGGAAUGGUAAGAAAAUCCAGAUUUGCAGGGCUCAGGCUGUUUGUGGAGUGGCAGAGGUACAUGAUGCCAAGUCUGCUUCUGCCACAUUAGACUUUACUUUUCAGAAAUAGGGAGUACCAGUGACCCGCUGACCCAGAAAAGAAUUCUCUGUUCAGGGGAUGAACUUCCAGAGGUAGGACUCCAUUCAGAGGUGAAGGCUAAAUUGCAAAAUCUGUGAUGUUGCUGCAGUUUUCCUAGAAACGGUGCUUUUCCAGUCCUUCCAACAAGUGCAGCUAACUUAGGUAGGCUGACUGCUUAGACAGUAGUCAGAGUUUUACAAACAGACCACUGGAGUAGUUAUUCCCAGCCUUUCGCUGGGAGAGGAAAGCAGAGCUGCCAGCAAUGGCGUGUGAGCUCUAUGCUGACCUAAAACACCCCCAUCACACAAAGAAAGAGCAGGGCUUGCUUUGUAAGGCAACACGUGGGGACCUGAUGAGCCUGUCACCAAGCAGCUUGAGGUAGCUGUAGGUGCAUAGAUGGGUGCUUGGGACACACCUGCAUAUGAUCUCUGGGUAGGUGCACUGCUAGGAAGGACUGAGCUAUGGGAGUGGUACACAAGGUGCAGUGCAAACAGUUGCGUUAUGGGGAAGAAACACCUGCUCUGAAGAAAGGUGAUCAGUUUGCAUCUCAGUGCAAUGCAGGUGCGGACUGGCAGCGCCUGGAUUUAGGGAGGUAGAGUUGAAGGUACUUGGGAUAGAAAGGUCUCACUGAAACAAGUUAUUCUGGUUUUCAAGUUGCUCUUAUGGAAGAGCUGUCGGACCUCCCUUUCAGAAUAGGAGCCUUUCAGAGCCUAUGUCUAUUAGUGCCUCCGCUCUGGAAAUCUGUGUCCACUUCUUCCCUCCCCUUUUCCUGGUUAGUUAUAUGGAAGAGCAAUGGAUCAUACAUCCUCUUCCCCUCAAGUCUCAUUUUCAUAAUUGGUUUCCCUUUGUUUGGGACUUUGCAUGUCAUAGUGGGCUUCCUGACCAGGUUGAUGUGGCCACUAGGGCCUGGAGAAAUUUUGUCUCUUUAAAAAAAAUGACUGGCAGAAAAGUUCUUUUUUACUGCAUUGACUAUUGGGGUUUUGGCCUAUGAAGGAUGUGAGAAAAGUAAAAGAGAGUUAUGAUGGAUUCUAAUGGGGACAGAGUUACACAUCUGAAACGAUUUAUUUUCUGAGUGCUGUCAUUCAGCUGGUGCUACUAGAAAGUCUGUCUGAGCCCCAACCCAGAGGAGCCCACCAUUUGCAUGUGUGUAGGUAGGUAAGUUGUGGUGUGCAGUCUUGUCAGCUGCACAGCCACUCAUGUCUGUGUAGAUGUUUCACUUUCCCAGUCUCCCUCCCAGAUGGAGAGCUGCUCUAGUUUUAGGAUGGUAAAAAGAAGCAUUCAGAAGCUCGAUUUCACAGGAACUAAUGCUUUGUGUUGCAUUUUAAGGAUGACCUCAAGACUACACUGUCUGUCCUGAUUAGAACGUCUGGGAACUAGUGAUGUAUAAACAAGUCCAUCCGAUCCUCUAGGCCUGACACUGAGAAAUAAGUAGUUCCUGCUGCAUUAUUGGUCCAUAAAAGGCAUGGCCAAAGGAGCCUCUUAGCACUGGCUAGAGGAUUAACAAUGUGCAUGGUGUACAAGCCCAGUAUCAAGGGCAGGCUUGGCCCUACACUUUAUUGACAAAGCAGAGGUGCUCCCUGGUACAGGUACAACCAGGCUGUGUUUGCUUCUUCCUGCUUUCAGUUUUUACUGAUGAAGUCUUUCAAGGCAAUGACCAACUUCCA